CUCCUUCCAGUUUUCUCCAUUUUUUGUUCAUCUCUUUUGUUAGGCGUUACUAUAGGAAUAGAGGGAAAGAGCUUGGAAAUGCACUAGUCUCUGUAAUGUCUUCCACAUUCUGUAACGUCGCUGAAGGGUCUGCUCUUCAGAUUCAGAGCUGCUUCAUUAAAAGGAACUGUGUGAGCUCGAAGAGAUCAUCUUGUGAUGUAGAAGGAGUGUUUUAUGGGAGAUAUAGAAGUCAAUUGCUCGUCAAAAGAAGGCUCUGUUACCCAGAUGUGCUUCGUACGGUCAAAGCAGACUUGUCCCUUUCUAACUCCAUAGAAGAAGCUGGAAAUGAGGUUGAAGAGAAGAUUCCAAUGGGGGUUCUGAUUUGGAGGGCAAUCAAGUUGCCCAUAUACUCUGUUGCUUUGGUUCCUCUCACUGUAGGUAGUGCCGCGGCUUAUCUACAGACAGGCCUCUUCUCAUUUAGAUCUUAUUUGAUGCUGUUGGCCUCCUCAGUUCUCAUCAUUACCUGGCUCAAUUUAAGCAAUGAUGUUUAUGAUUUUGAUACUGGAGCUGAUAAAAACAAAAAGGAAUCAGUAGUCAACCUUCUUGGCAGCCGAACUGGAACCUUUGUUGCUGCCUGCUUUUGUCUUGCUCUUGGCUUCACGGGGCUAACUUGGUCUGCAAUGAAGGCUGGAAAUAUGCAAUCAAUUUUGUUUCUAACGUGUGCAAUAAUUUGUGGCUAUAUAUAUCAGUGUCCACCAUUUCGGUUAAGUUACCAAGGAUUGGGAGAGCCAUUGUGUUUUGCAGCAUUUGGUCCUUUUGCUACUACAGGUUUUUAUUUAUUACGGGGCAGUCAAAGUGUGAUGAACCGUUUACCCUUAACUGGAACAGUUCUUUCGGCAUCAAUCCUUGUAGGCUUCACAACAGCCCUAAUUCUGUUUUGCAGUCACUUCCAUCAGGUGGAAGGUGACAGGGAAGUUGGAAAGUUUUCACCUUUGGUCAGGCUUGGCACUAGCAAAGGUGCACAGGUAGUGAAAGUGGCAGUCAUAAUGCUAUAUGCCCUUUUGGCUUUGUUUGGACUAAGUAGGGCGCUUCCUCUCACUUGUCUUCUCCUCUGUGCUCUAACUUUCCCUAUGGGAAGCCUAGUGGUUAGGUUUGUCCAAGACAGCCACAAGGACAAUCAAAAGAUUUUCAUGGCUAAAUAUUUCUGUGUGAGGCUGCAUGCUUUAUUUGGAGUUGCACUUGCUUCUGGACUGGUUCUGGCUAAGAUGCUUGAUCCAACCUAUUCUUCAAGGCCCAUAUUACCUAUAGUAUUAUAGAUAUUGAAAAUUUUGACCCUAGAAUGAAUUGUGUGUAUAGAGAAAGCAUUCAAGGAAAGGGUAAAAAAUGCAGGACAUAGUAUUUUUAUUGUAUUUGUGAGACAUUUCUAGUUCUUAAUAUAAAAGUUAGCUGAAAAUUU